AUGGGUGGCUUCGAUCUUGCUUCGUUCCUCCUACUCCCAUUAAUCUCGACAAACGUGCUGGCCAUUUCUCUCAAUGUUGAUGACCCAGGAUCGAUUCUUGCAGCUGCGGCACUUGCGGCCUCCGGCGUGCAACAACUGUACAAUGGCAAUCAGAGCAGUGGUGUCCUUGGAAAAUUUCCAUACCCUCCAUACUACUGGUGGGAGUCCGGGGGUGCUUGGGGUGGCAUGAUGGAGUACUGGCACUACACUCACGAUGACUCGUACAACAAUGUCAUGAUGGAAGCUCUCGUGUCUCAACUCGGUUCAGCAUACGACUUCAAUAUGCCAACCGAGGCAUUUGACGAAGGAAACGAUGAUCAAGCCUUCUGGGUCUUUGCUGCGAUGUCAGCCGCCGAGUACUCCUUUCCUCAACCUCCUGCGCCCGCACCUUCCUGGCUUGACGUUGUAGAGAAUGCCUGGCAAGAUUACUUCUCUCGCUGGAACUCUGCGACAUGUAAUGGCGGGCUCAAGUGGCAAUUCCAUCCAGAAAACGCAGGAUACUUCUACAAGAACAGCAUAUCGAACGGGGCAUUCUUUCAGCUUUCGGCACGUUUGGCAAGAUUUACUGGCAAUGGAACUUAUGUCUCCUGGGCAAACAAGAUAUGGGACUGGACCGUUGGAGUGGGACUUAUCGACAAUAUUUACAACGUAUUCGAUGGUACCGAUGAGAAGAUCAAUUGCACUGGCGUUGAUCACCACCAGUGGACAUACAAUGUCGGGGUCUUUCUCUACGGUGCUGCAGUGCUUCAGAACUACACCAACUCAUCGUCACCCUGGAUUGAGCGGACUGUCGGCCUUCUUGAUGCCACAAACACGUUCCUUACACCUUUCAAAAAUGCCACAGGUGUCCUCUUCGAGGCAGAAUGUGAGCUCGACAUGACCUGCAAUAUUGAUCAACUUUCCAUGAAGGCUUAUCUCAUCCGAUGGCUUGCCGGCACAUCCAUGAUGGCCCCUUUCACAUCAGGCCGCGUGGGAGAGAUCCUCCGAGCUUCCGCUCAAGCAGCGGCUCAAGCUUGCACGGGUGGGAAGGACGGCACUGCUUGUGGGUCGAAAUGGUACAUUACCGGCUGGGAUGGCACGAGUGGUCUUGGUCAACAACUGUGCGCGAUGGAAGCAAUGUAUGCACUCAUGGUGAACCAGACCAACGCCCCAAUAACAUUGGGCAACGUCAAUAUUCAACCUGCGUCUCCCUCCAAUACCAUCGUUGCAACAGCUACGCAACAGGAUCCCUCAGCCAGCGCUACGGCCCGACCAUUGUUUGACAAUGCUGGCAAUCGAGCGGUCAAAGUCCAGAAUAAGAUUCGGAGUAUUGUCGCCGUUAUUGGCACUACAUUGGUCGUGUACUGA